UCGGGCAAACCCCUUAACCCCAGCUACGAAAUUGGAUGGGUGCGCCGGAAAUUUCCGGGAGAGACGUGCGUAUUUCCGGUAAAGAUGGCGGCGCCCAGUAGAGUCAGGUGCGGACGACUCUGUCUUCAUUAGCUCCGGCGACUGGAGGCCGGGGGAGCAGAACCCCAGAAUCGACCCUCCAGGACGCCAGAGCUACUUCCGCGGUGACCACCUCGUACCCCCAACACAUUCUCCCCUUCUUCACAAACAGCCCAUGGCGGACCAAGGCUCGGGGGGCAGCCGCCUCCCGCUGGCUCUGCCCUCAGCCUCCCAGAGCUGUUCUUCGGGGGGCAGCGGCUCCUCCGCGGGGGGCUCGGGCAAUCCCCCGCCUCCGCGCAACCUCCAAGGCCUGCUGCAGAUGGCCAUCACGGCGGGCUCUGAGGAUCCAGACCCCCCCCCAGAACCCAUGAGUGAGGAGAGGCGCCAGUGGCUGCAGGAGGCCAUGUCGGCCGCCUGCCGGGGCCAGCGGGAGGAGGUGGAGCAGAUGAAGAACUGCCUCCGAGUGCUGUCCCAGCCUGCGCCCUCCCCAGCCGGGGAAGCUGACCUGGCUGUGGACCAGCAGGAACGCGAGGCGGCCCUGGAGCUGCUGGCCGACUUGUGUGAGAACAUGGACAACGCUGCAGACUUCUGCCAGCUGUCGGGCAUGCACCUGCUGGUGGGCCGGUACCUGGAGGCGGGGCCUGCGGAGCUGCGGUGGCGGGCAGCACAGCUCAUCGGCACGUGCAGCCAGAACGUGGCGGCCAUCCAGGAGCAGGUGCUGGGCCUGGGCGCCCUGCGCAAGCUGCUGCGGCUGCUGGACCGGGACCCCUGUGACACGGUGCGCGUCAAGGCCCUCUUUGCCAUCUCCUGCCUGGUCCGGGAGCAGGAGGCUGGGCUGUUACAGUUCCUCCGGCUGGACGGCUUCUCUGUGUUGAUGCGGGCCAUGCAGCAGCAGGUGCAAAAGCUCAAGGUGAAGUCAGCAUUCCUGCUGCAGAACCUGCUUGUGGGCCACCCAGAACACAAAGAGACCCUGUGCUCCAUGGGGAUGGUCCAGCAGCUAGUAGCCCUCGUCCGGACAGAACACAGCCCCUUCCACGAGCAUGUGCUGGGAGCCCUGUGCAGCCUGGUGACAGACUUCCCCCAGGGCAUGCGGGAGUGCCGGGAGCCAGAGCUGGGCCUGGAGGAGCUCCUCCGACACCGCUGCCAGCUGCUGCAGCAGCACGAGGAGUACCAGGAGGAGCUGGAGUUCUGCGAAAAGCUGUUACAGACCUGUUUCUCCAGCCCAACGGACGACAGCAUGGAUCGGUGAAACCUGGUGGCUUCUGGCCCCCUCUCCGUUGGAACCCUAGGCCUCUUGCCUCCCUCCUAUGAGAGCAGGGAGGCCCCUGCCCAAGGGAGAGCAGGGCCUUGUGGGUCCCAGGCCAGGACGUGCCAGCCCGUCUCUGCUCACCUCCCCAGAGGAGCGCUGAGAAAGGCACCAGCCCCUUGGACCCCCACCUAAUGUCUCCAUUCCCCCUUAUGUGUCCACACUGUCUUCCAAUAAAGGUGUUUCUUCUCCUCUUC